GGUGGUGUCUCCCACUGGUUGAUCGCUCCAGCCAGCGGAGCAACAAGACGGGAUUCUGAUGUGUGACGUGAUGAGCCCUCGCCGUCUCAAAGCAGUACGCCAAUCACAAGGGCCGAUAUUCGGGCGGUCAAGAUUCAGGACUCGUUUAGGAAGAUUUGGCCGCUGCCGUCUUUUGUGCCACUGCGGGGUCGGGGGGCCAUACCCAUACCGGUACAUAUGCUGUCGUGAAGCCGCAAGGGUCCGCGAAAAGUUUAAAACCACAGCUAUAUCAGCGACAUCGGGAAGCCAUUCGCAUUUCUCAAUCUUUCCUCCUUUCAAUUCUGCCAACACAGUCCUCCUCAGUCCCCUCUCUCUACAGACCAGACAACAUGUGCGGAACCGAUGCUCCCAACGGCGCCAAUGGCGCCUCCAACGGCGUGAACCCCGCCAACUUCCGCUCCAACCCCUACCAGCCCGUCGGCGACUUCCUCUCCAAUGUCGGCAGCUUCAAGAUUAUCGAGUCUACUCUCCGCGAGGGUGAGCAAUUCGCCAACGCCUACUUCGACACCGAGACCAAGAUCAAGAUUGCCAAGGCCCUUGACGAUUUUGGCGUCGAUUACAUCGAGUUGACCUCUCCCGCUGCCUCGGAGCAGUCUCGGUUGGAUUGCGAGGCCAUCUGCAAGCUCGGCCUCAAGGCCAAGAUCUUGACUCACGUCCGCUGUGAUAUGCGCGAUGCCAAGCUCGCUGUUGAGACUGGUGUCGACGGCCUCGAUGUCGUCAUUGGCACUUCCAGCUUCCUCCGCGAGCACAGCCACGGCAAGGAUAUGGCCUACAUUGAGAAGACCGCCGUUGAGGUUAUCGAGUAUGUCAAGUCCAAGGGACUUGAGGUUCGCUUCUCCUCCGAGGAUUCCUUCCGCUCCGAUCUCGUCGAUCUCCUUUCCCUCUACCGCGCUGUUGACAAGGUCGGCGUCCACCGUGUCGGUAUCGCCGAUACCGUCGGCUGCGCUUCUCCCCGCCAGGUCUAUGACCUCGUCCGUACCCUUCGCGGCGUCGUUUCGUGCGAUAUCGAGACCCAUUUCCACGACGACACUGGCUGCGCCAUUGCCAACGCCUACUGCGCUCUCGAGGCUGGUGCCACCCACAUCGACACCUCUGUUCUCGGUAUCGGCGAGCGUAACGGUAUCACCCCUCUCGGUGGCUUGAUGGCUCGCAUGAUCGUCACCAGCCCCGACUACGUCAAGAGCAAGUACAAGCUCCACAAGCUCAAGGAGCUUGAGGAUUUGGUCGCCGAGGCUGUUGAGAUCAACACUCCCUUCAACAACCCCAUCACUGGUUUCUGCGCCUUCACCCACAAGGCUGGUAUCCACGCCAAGGCCAUCCUCAACAACCCCAGCACCUACGAGAUUCUCAACCCUGCCGACUUCGGUCUUACCCGCUACGUCCACUUCGCCUCGCGCUUGACUGGCUGGAACGCUGUCAAGACCCGUGUUGGCCAGCUUGGUCUCGAGAUGACCGACGACCAGGUCAAGGAAUGUACCGCCAAGAUCAAGGCCCUUGCCGACGUGCGCCCCAUCGCCAUCGACGACGCCGAUUCGAUCAUCCGUACCUUCCACCUCAACCUUCACGAACAGAACAAGAUCCAGACUCCCGCUGUUGUCGAGAACUAA